AUGGAUGCUAUCGAUCUCUAUGAGACACCGCCAUUGGCUCUGGGCAAGCCAGUUGGGAUGAAUCUUCUAUCUGGACUCAAAAGCCUCGGCCCAUCCACCCCACUGCCUUGGGUUGUGCAAAAGUUCGGAGGGACAAGCCUUGGACACUUUGCCUCCAAGAUAGUCAAGGAGGUUAUUCUUCGGCUUGAAACGGAUGGCGCAGACUUCUCUAAGAUUAUCGACGAUGUACAGCUCGAACACAUCCAAGGAGCUGAGCGAGAUAUCCAAUCACUGGAAAUUCGGACCCGGCUGAUUGAAAAAAUUCGAUCCGAAUGCGCUUCUGUGGUGAAGACACUCAAUGCAGCGUACUUCCUGGGUGAAAUCAGCCCUGCGUGUGUGGGGAAGGUUGUCAGCGCCGGUGAGAGACUGAGUUGUCACUGUCUCGCGGCAAUCUUACAAGAACACGGAUGUGAAGCAACCUGCGUCGAUGUUAGCGAGUUGAUCCCAUCGACGGCAGCUCCAGUUAGUUGGACGGACAGAGGAUUUGUGGACGCGGUGGCUGCAGAGCUCUCACAAAAAGUCUGUUCUGUGCCCGGCAUUCCUGUCAUCACCGGUUACUUUGGACUUCAGCCCGCAGGAGCCUUGCUCGAUCUUGUUGGACGUGGAUAUACAGAUCUGUGUGCAGCACUCGUUGCCACGGGCCUGAAUGCUGUCCGAUUGCAGAUCUGGAAAGAAGUUGAUGGCGUUUUCACGGCAGAUCCUCGCCACGUUCCAGAUGCGAGGCUACUCUACUGGCUCACAAUUUCCGAACUGCGGAGUCUUACAUUUUACGGGUCCGAAGUGGUGCACUGCGCAGCAGUUGAUGUGGCGAGGGACCGAAAUCUCACCAUGUCCAUUCGCAAUGUUGCUGACCCACUGGGGCCCGGGACCCUUGUUACCCCUAAAGUUGAUGCUUCAAAUGACCAGCUAGUGGCUAUUACCAAAAAGAACUACAUGGCUAUUCUGAGUGUCCGCAGCUCGGCCGGUACGUCAGGCUUUAAGUUUCACAGCCUCAUUUCGAAUAUCCUGCAGAAAUGGCAGCUUACUGUGGAGCUGGUCACAACCAGUGAAUCCGGAGUCUCACUGGCGAUUCCUAUGCCAGAAAAUGAAGCUUACGGUGCUCAUCAGCCGGCGGAUGUAAGACUUUGGUGGGCCAUCGAGGCGCUCAAAGUACACUCCACUGCAGUCAAAGUCAGCAAAAACAUGGCUCUACUCUGCGUAGUUUGCCGACUCGCGAGCUCCACAGACUUUGCAUUAGCGUGCAUUCUCCGAGUAUUAAGCGAUCUGAGAGUCCCGGUGAAAAUGGUCAUGCACGGUGAGUCGGAAUUCCGAGGCUGCUGA